AUGGCUUCCACACCCAACCAACAGCAACCCUUCCAGGCCGUACCUCCAUCUCUUUCCGCUGGCGAUCAUGAGUUGCGAGACUACUACGCCCAACAAGAUGCACCACGACCUACCAUGAACCAGACACCAUACCUCACUCCAUACCUCGGCUUUCGAGCUAGGCUCUCACAGAUCCUCAUCAACCGCUGGACCAUCCUUCUCCUCCUCGUCCUCGUCCGCCUGCUCUUCGCUGUCGCGAACACUGAGGACAGCCUGGCUUCCGCCCGCCGCGAAGCCCUGAGCGCAUGCACCCAAGUCGAAAACAUCGGAAGCUCCAUGGCCUCCAUGCCCCACUACAUGGCCCAGGGCGUCAACGACAUGACGGCGUCCGGCGUCGAAAAAGCGGUAAGCGGUCUCAUGCACAUGCUGGAAAUGAGCGUCACCGGCGUCGAGGAGAUUGUCCUCUUCGUGAUCCACAUGAUGACAAGCACCUAUCUCUGCCUCAUCACCUUGGCCAUCCGCGGCAGCGUCGGUGCUGCCGUAGAGAUUGGGACAGAAAUGGCUCAAGCUCUCAACAAGACCGUGGACGAAGUGACCGGCGACAUCGGUGAUGCUACGAAGAAGGUGACCGACGCCAUCAACAGCGUCUUUUCGAAGAUGCCCGACAUCCCUUUUACUCCUGGAUUCGAAGUACCGCAAAUCAACCUGGACGAGCAAAUCAACAAGCUCAAGGCUCUCCAGGUCCCUCCCAAGGUCCAGGAGGAUCUUCAGAAGCUCAAUCAGUCCAUCCCGACCUUCGAAGAGGUCCAGAACUUCACCGACAGUGUCAUUCGCAUCCCGUUCGAGGAGGUCAAGGAGCUAAUCCGGGGCAUGAACACCUUCAACUUUGACCGCACGCUCCUGCCAGUCCCGCAGAAGGAGCAGCUGAACUUCUGUUCCGAAGGCAAUUCCAUCAACAGCUUCUUCGACGACCUCAUUAAGAUGGCCUUCGAAGCCAGAAAGAUUGCCCUCGCUGUCCUCAUCGUUGCGGCGAUCCUCGUCAUGGUUCCGAUGGCCUGGAACGAGAUGCGCCGCUACCGAAAGAUGGAGGAGAAUUCCCGCCUCUUCGAAAAGGGCCACGAUGCCAUGGAUGUCGUCUACCUCGCCUCGCGUCCUCACUCGUCCGCCUGGGGCUUGUGGUUCGGUCAACGCUUCGGCUCGGUCAACCGCCAAAAUGCAAUCCGCUUUGCAUGGGCCUAUGCUACCUCUACUCCCAUGCUGUUCCUCCUGUCGCUGGGUCUUGCAGGCCUCUUCUCCUGCUUCUGCCAAUAUCUCCUUCUGAAAGGCGUCCAGGCCAAGGUCCCCGAGCUCACCGACCAAGUGGCUGAUUUCGCCGAGAAGGUCGUCUUCUCCCUCAACAAUGCGUCCAUGUCCUGGUCCGAGGGCGUCAACAGCGCCAUCGACAAGCUCGACUCCGAAAUCAACGAGGACAUCUUCGGCUGGGUCAACAGCACCACCGGCGCCAUCAACGGCACGCUCAACGCCUUUGUGGAAAAGAUGAGCCAGGCGCUUGACGAUGCCUUUGGCAACACGCCUCUGCAUGACCCCAUCAAGGACGUGCUCAACUGCUUGAUCGGCCUCAAGAUCGAAUCCUUCCAGAAGGGCCUGACCUGGGUCCAAGAACACGCGCACGUCAAUUUCCCGGGAGUCAAGAACGACACCUUCUCCCUCGGCGCCCUCGCCCAGGUCAGCGACUCCUCGUCCGCAGUCGAACUGCUCGCCGAUCCCAACGGCAAAGCCAAGGACGAGAUCACCGAAGCGAACGUCUACGUGAAUCACGACCCGUACAUCAUCAAUCCGGCCUUCGUCCCCGACAAUGCCAACGCGGAGAAAGCAACUGGGAAUCAAGAGUAUCCUGACACGGCCGCCCCGCCAUACGAAUACCCCGUCAACAAAGCUGCGCCGUAUACCAUCCAACCCCGCCCGUUCCCUACCUUCGGUCCUACCGAGACGGUCGGACGUGUGGAUUCGCAUGUCGUUAGCGAGGUGGCCAGGCCGGGACAUUUGCGGGCUAGUAGCCACGGGACGGUUGCGGACCCUUCGCCUCUGGAAGAGAAGCGGAAUCCGUUCGACAAUCGGAAUGGGGAGAAGAGUGGUUGGAAUCCGUUUGCGGGUUGA